ACAAUGCGUCGCCAUGGCGACCGGCGCGGCCUGCACGCAGAACCCGAAGCCUGGCCCUAGCGUAGGCGGGGGUGGCGGCAGAGGCGAGCCCAAAAUAAAGGCAAGGCGGGCGAAAGGCUGCUCUUACUGCUGCUGCUGCCCCGAGACCAACCAUGUUAAAUCGCAGCCCAGGCAUGAGGAACAUUGGAACUAUUGGUGCCUAUUUUAACAAGCUGAGAACCAACCUCCAAGCCAUAGCAUACAGCGAUGAGGAGCCGGAGCACGAAGCUUGGAGAAGGUAUGUAGAAAGAAAGAACAUCGUGCUAGAAUUCCUGCACUCUGACUUGAGCCUCCACGUGAUCAAACGCCACCACAAACGGAUUGACCUUCUCAAAAAGUGCUCCUAUUACAUCGAAAUCUUGCCAAAGCACUUGGCACUGGGAGACCAGAACUAUCUGAUGCUACCCACCACCAUGUUCCAACUGAUAGACCCCUGGAGGUUUCAGAGAAUGAAGAAAAUAGGGACUAUCCAAACCAAAAUCCAAUUGUUGCUCCUAUCCGACCUUUUGGAAGAGCUAGAGAGGGGUCGGGAAGAGCUGGUUUUCUUCCUGGAGACCUUGGACAUGAUGACUUUCCUCUCCAGAUGGGACAUUAUCAAGCAAAGGGUGUCGAGCCUCUCUGAGAAGAUGGAUUAUUUCCUUACUGUGUUGGUACCAGGAAAGUUGUAUGUCAAACACCGCCUGGUGUCAGAUGUUGGGAUCACCAAAAUCCCACACAUCAGGCUCGUCCUGAGCACAAAAAUGCCAGUGAUGUUUGACCGAAGGGAAUCGGUGGCACACGAGGACUGGGUGAGUCUCAAAUGGUUUGUUGCUAGCCAGCAGCCCCAGGUUGAACAAUAUGAACUCCGUUUUAAGCUGCUGGAGCCCAGAACUCCCCAAGAGCGAGUCCAUUGUGGAAUCAAGCCCGUCACCGCAAACACAUGUGAAAUUCACAACCUCCUCCCUGACCGUUUGUAUAGGUUCACCCUCAAAAGAGCAGAGACUUACACGCUUGUUUAUGAACAGUGGCACGAUUCCAUCCUGCUUAAGACCAAACCAUACCUUGAAGAAGAAAUGGAGACUGCCAUGUCUUAACCUUGGCUUUCCCAUCUUAGCUAUUCACAAGGAGUAUAAAAUAAGUUAAAUUAAAAACUUAUUUUUAAAGUU